CGUCGUUAAAAAGAGGCGGUGACAGUUGAACAAAAUGCAAGUACAACUCCAAACUCAGCAACGAGAAUCAACUUUCGGUUACUCUCAGUCACUUCGUCUUCUCCAGAAAGUGGUUUUCACAUUACAAUCAUGGCGGCCCCAGAUCCAAACGCUCGGCCAACGGAAGGCAAAAGAUAUCCUGAGGAUAAAGUUGACAAGGCACAAGUUUUACUAUAUUUCGGAUUAAUCUUUCACACUGCAUUGCAUCAAGAUUGCCGAAUUUCUUCGAAUUGAAAGGGUCUUUAAUUGCAUUGCGUUUCCUUUUUCCCUAGGCCCACAAUUUCAUAGAGAAGUGCAUUCAGCUGUACAUGAACCGCGAGGAAACAGCCCGCGCGUUAGAAAUUCAUUUCAGGAUUGACAGCCAUCUCACACGUAUGGUUUGGGACAAAUUGGAAGAAAGUAAUCAGGAGUUUUUCCAAAAUUACUACACAAGGCUAGCGCUGAUACAACAAAUCGUCAGGUUCAAUCAAUUGCUCGAGCAACAGCAUCAAGCCAUGAACUCUCCUCCAGUGCCUGCAGAGGAACAAAUGUCAAUGGAAGUCUCAGAGACAGCACCACAGAAAAAUUCUCCAGAGAGCGAGAUGAACUAUGAAAAUGAGGUUGAAUCUGACAAGCUACCUGCCACUCCUGUUGGCUCUGUUGGAUCAGAAGAGGUGGCAGGGUCCACUCCACAUCUCGUGGCGGGUGGAAGUCUUGCUCGUUCUUCAUUGGAAGCUCAAGGAAUGAGAAUAAAUGCUGCAUUAGAUGCUGCACAUAUGCCAAUUUCGCAAGUUCCGAACUUACUGCAGGUGGCCACCAAGCUGCAAACUUCUGGGGACCUUUUCAACCAUCAACUAAUGGCUCGAAGCUUGAGCCACCUGGAUAUAAAGGCUGAAGCUUCCGUCCAGGAGAACCUCUCUAAUUCGGCAUCAGGUCAGGACUCUCCAUCUGAGGAUGUCUGAGUGAAAUGGAUAUUGCCCGUUCCUUAUCAAAAUUAGUGUCCGGUGGAAGGUUUGUUUAGAAUAUGAUGCUUGUUUGGACGAAUGUGAGACAGCAUCUCGUGUCUCAUCAUUGAGUGAACACACAAGUUCUCAUUACAUUCAGGGAUUGAGCAUUUGUAAUUGUACAUCAUCUUUUAUGCUUUGAUAUGAUGUGUAAAUUUGGUGGACCUGUUAAGUAGAGAGGAUUUGAAUUACUUAAGACGAUCACCUUCUAUUUUGUCCUUAAAAUCAAAGUGUAAGAUGUCAAAUUUGAGUUUGUGUUUGUC